UGCUACUGUUCUUGUCUUUGAUCAUAUUCAAUGGGUGUCAUUCAAGUUUUUUAUCGGACAAGCCUUGGUGCCGACUCAUAUCAGAGUAUCCGGAGGUUUUAUUUUGGUAGUAUUUGUUUUUCUUUAACUAUUUUUCUGUUGAAUUUUGGUUUAUAGAUUUGAUAUCUAAUAAAAUGUAUAUACUGCAGAACCCAACAGUAGAGGUUAAUAAGAGUUUUUUGGCAGUUGGUGCAAACAAAGAAGCUCCUGCUGCUGCGAUGAUGUGCUUUAUAAGGCUUGUAAAUGUAGUGCUCUAAGUUUGGACUGCCUUGACUUUCCCCUUUGUUCAACAGUUUAAGUCUGUUUACCAUAAUGUAAAAAUAUGUUGUCUACUAGUGAUAAUUUUAGUAUGAAGAUGCUACUCGAAACAAAAGAAAUCACACAUAUUUUCUCGAUUGGAAAUAUCUGUGGUAUCUUCAAGAAUUCUCUUUGACCACAGCUAUAUUCCUUGGAAUCUCUUCAGGCAGUUGGAGCAAACUAUCUUUCGGUACUCUUCUUCCUGAGAGAUUGCCAUAUAAUUUAAAUAUGAACAUGUCGCAUAUCGAAGGACUACAUUAGUUGACAUUUGUUUGACUAUUUUCUAAGGUUGUGAACUUCAUAAUGUAUAUAGAUUACUCAUUGUUUGUGGACAUGAUCAGCAUCAAGGCAAGUGGGUGGCUUUGCUUGAUAGAAAAGGAAGCAGCCAUGUGCAAGUCAAUGGAAAGACCAGAAAAUAUUCUUUUUGCUUUCUCAAUUCAGGCGAUGAAGUUAUCUUAAGUCAAGCAGAAAAUAAUGCUUACAUUGUUCAGUUACUAUUGGAGUCACCUUCAGAUGUUGGGACCAGUGCCGGAAAAGGAAAACUGUUGAAUAUCAAAAACCAGAUGUUGGAGGAAAGACGGGGGAUUAUAGAAUCAAUGCCUGCUUCAACUUCAGAGAUGUCUUUAAAAUCUGCUGCAGUUAUGGAAAAACUUUAUGCUGCAAUCAUUGACGGACAAAAUAUAGAAGUGUCAUUUGAAGACUUUCCAUAUUACUUAAGCGAGAACUCAAAAAAUGUGUUGAUUGCCACUUCAUAUUUACACCUAAAGCACAAGGAGCAAGUUAAAUAUUUCAACGAGCUUCGUGCGGUGAACUCAAGAAUUUUACUUUCUGGUCCUGCAGGAUCAGAAAUAUAUCAGGAGAUGCUGGUGAAGGCAGUUGCACAUUAUUAUGGAGCCAAAUUGCUCAAUUUUGAUAGCGAAGCUUUUAGGCUUUCUGUGAGGGAUGCCCAGACAAUGAAAGGCACUGAACCAUCAUCUAGCCAAGCUGCUAAUGACAACAUAACCUCUUUAUCCGGGCCAUCAAGAAACACCAUCUUUAUGACAGGUGAUAGAGUCAGAUUUAUUGGCUCUACUUCUGGUGCACAUGACUCGACUCCCAUCAGGGGCCCAACAUUUGGAGCUAUAGGGAAGAUUGUAUUGUCUUUCAAAAAUAGUCUAUCAGCAAAGGUUGGCGUCCAAUUUGAUAAACCCAUCCCACGUGGCGUCAACUUAGGUGGUCUUUGUGAAGAUGCUCAUGGAUUCUUCUGAAAAGUCGAUGAACUGCGAUUAGAAGGCACUGGACUGGAUGAUCUGGAAAAUUUACUUGUUAAAACAUUGUUUGAGGUUGUAUCCAGAGAAAGCAGAAAUUCCCCAGUCAUAUUGUUCAUGAAAGAUGCUGAGAAGAUGAUGGCAGGAAACUCAGUGUCAUAUUCAACGUACAAAAGUCGGCUUGAGAAGAUUCCAGAUAAUAUAGUGAUCAUUGGGUCUCACACUCAUACGGAUGACCAUGAGGAGUCACAGCCUGGAGGAUCGCUCUUCACCAAAUUGGGCAGCAUUUUACAUGAGCUCGCCUUCCCGGAUAGUUUUGGGAAGAUGCAAGACAAGGGGAAACAGAUUGCAAGGACAAAUAAAUUUCUGACCAAACUUUUCCCAAAUAAAGUGGUUAUCCACAUGCCACAGGAUGAAGCACUUCUGUCGACUUGGAAACAACAAUUGGAUCAAGAUGCUGAAACCCUCAGAGUGAAAGAAAAUUUUAAUAGCUUGCAAAGAGCUCUGAAUCGGAUUGGAUUAGAAUGCAACGGACUUGAGACAUUGUGCAUCAAAGACCAAAAUUUCUCUGUUAAAAGCGCAGAGAAAGUUGUUGGAUGGGUGUUGAGCCAUCAUUUGAUGCGGAACCCUCAAGCAGAUGUUGACAUGAGGCUUGUCUUAUCUCCCGUUAGCAUUCAGUAUGGGUUGGAAUUCUUACAAGCUAACAAAAAUGAUACCAAGAGCUUGAAGAAUUCACUUAAGGAUGUUGAAACAGAAAAUGAGUUUGAGAAGGCACUUCUGGCUGAUGUCAUUCCCUCCAGUGAUAUUGGGGUGACAUUUGAUGAUAUCGAUGCACUUGAAAGUGUCAAGGAUACAUUAAAAGAGCUGAUCAUGCUUCUACAAAGACCAGAACUUUUCUCCAAGAGUAAACUAACCAAGCCCUGCAAAGGAAUACUUUUGUUUGGUCCUCCUGGAACUGGGAAAACCAUGCUGGCAAAAGCCGUUGCCACUGAAGCGGGAGCAAAUUUUAUUAAUAUUUCAAUGUCAAGUAUCUAUUCAAAGUGGUAUGGUCAGAGUGAGAAAUGCAUAAAAGCUGUCUUCUUGCUGGCUAGUAAAAUUGCUCCGAGCGUUAUUUUUGUAGAUGAAGUUGAUAGUAUGCUGGGAAGAAGGGAAAAUCCAGAAGAACAUCAGGCAAUGCGCAGAUUGAAAAAUGAAUUCAUGCUGAAUUGGGAUGGGUUGAGCACAAAGGAUACUGAACGAGUUCUGGUACUUGCAGCAACAAACAGGCCAUUUGACCUUGACGAAGCUGUUAUAAGGCAACUGCCACGCAGGUUGAUGGUCAAUUUACCAGGUGCUCCAAACAGAGCAAAAAUUCUAAAAGUGAUACUCGCAAAAGAAGACUUGGAUCAGGAUGUUGAUCUGGAAUCAGUUGCAAGUAUGACAGAUGGAUAAUCCGGAAGUGACCUUAAGAAUCUGUGUGCAACCGUUGCAUAUCGACCAAUUAGAGAUAUCCUAGAAGAGGAAAAAAAUGAACAGGCUGCAGCUAGUGCUGAUGGUGGACCACCUCCAGCACUAAGCAGCAGUGCAGACUUACGGCCACUGAAUAUGGACGACUUCAGAUAUUCUCAUCAGCAGGUUUGCCCAAGUGUUUCAUCUGAAUCCGCAAAUAUGACCAAGCUUCUUCAGUGGAAUGAUCUGUAUGGAGAAGAGGGAUCUAGAAAGAAACAGUCCUUCAAUUAUAUCAUGUAAAGGGGGCUUUUGGGUUCAUUUGUACAAUGAGUUUAUAGGUCUCUUAGACAAUAAAUUUUGACAUGUUACAAUGAUGGAGCAGGCUUUCACAUACAGUUACUUUAUGUGCUUUGACCUUUUGCUAGCUACUUGCAGAGGAUGUUCAGUCCUGUCAGAAAAUUGACAGAGCUUCUAAGAUUCCCCAAAAUAUUUUUUAGCUUAGAUGUCUACCUUAUCCAAAUAUUUUAA